GGUGAUGCUCAUCGCUCGCUCGGCAGCUCCGUGCCGCGCUUCGGCGCUGGCUUCUCCGUCUCUGCGUGCCCGAUCUGGAUUCCAGCAGAAGGCGCUGAUCCACGAUCUCGUCAUCAAGCACAAGACCGGCCAGCCCAUCCUCGGAGCAGGACCAUAUGGCGGUGGAAGAUCGUCCGUGUCGGGACACGUCGCAACUGUUUUUGGGUGCACUGGCUUCCUUGGUCGCUACCUCGUGAACCGUCUCGCGCAGAAGGGAACCCAGGUCAUCGUGCCUUACAGAGACGAGGACGAGAAGAGACACCUCAAAUUGAUGGGCGACCUCGGGCAAAUUGUUCCCAUGGAAUGGGAUCUUCGCAAUGACGAGCAGAUCGAAGAGUGCAUGCGUCAUUCCGACGUCGUCUACAACCUCGUGGGGAGGAACUAUGAGACAAAGAACUUCAAGUUCCAGGAUGUACAUGUCGCGGGUGCUGCCAAGCUGGCCAUGAUGGCCGAGGCUCUGGGCGUCUCGCGCUUCAUUCAUGUCUCGCACCUGAACGCCGAUGCGAAUUCGCCAAGCGCUUUUCUGCGCACCAAGGCUGAGGGAGAGGAGGUCGUCAAAAAGGCGUUUGACGGUGCGACGAUCGUCAAACCUGGCCCGCUCUUCGGACACGAAGACAGGCUCUUGAACCAGAUGGCUACCUAUCCCAUCACCUGGCACGUCAACCAUGGCCAGACAAGGAUGCGCCCAGUUCAUUCGGUCGACGUCGCACACGCCCUCGAGGUCAUGAUGGAUGCCGAGGUGACUUCGACUGGUCAGACGUUCUCUUUGGCUGGUCCUCGGACGUACACGGUGGGCUCGAUGCUCCGACUAGUCGAAUCGCUGACAUUCAACAAGACGCUGCGAGUGGGUAUCAACGUUCCCAAGUUUGCCUUGAUGACUGCAGCCAAGAUUGGAGACUUGGCGUGGUGGCCCAUGAUCUCGCCUGACGAGGUCGAGCGAAGGUUCCAUGACGAUCUUCCCGAUGCUCCUGGUACAUUGGGUUUCGCCGACCUUGGUAUUGAGCCAGACAUUCUCGAAGAGAGGGCCAUCGUCUAUCUCCGACGAUACCGGAGCAACCUGCGGUUCGAGCAGCCCGUUGAGCACUCCGGCGUCAAGCUCAAGAAGGGGCGAUACCACGUUGUCGAUUAGAUGACGGGGACCUAGAAAUGAGCUGCGAGGUUGAUCUCGGGCAGUGUAAUUGGAAGCAAUUUAGAAACUCUUCUUCAAAUCUCUCCUUAGGGCCCCUGUCUUGUGCCCACCCUCUGCCCUUCUUCCACGCAGUAAAUGGACCAUGUCCUAUAACUCUGAAGACCAUCUGUUACUUGUC